AGUCUCCGUCUUGAUCCGCAUCAGCUACAACGUUAGCAAUGGAGCAACAACACAGUUUGUGAUGUUUUUCGGGUCGUUUAAACUGCUGACAGAAUGAGAUAAAGAUGGAAACACUAGCGACGGACUCGUCUGCGGCGGAGGAGGAAGACUGUUCGGACUCUGAGGUUUUGUGUUUGAUGAGAGUUGGAAAAAACUCAGACUGGCUUCGCCUGAUCGAAAACACUGAGAACACUGUGGGACGUGGCUUGGAUGUGACCCACCAGCUGUUGUCUCCAAGUUGUCCCCUGAUGAUCUCCAGACUGCACUGCACUUUCAAGCAAAGGGAAGAUGGACUGUGGACAGUAACAGACAACAAAAGUCUCAAUGGUGUGUGGGUGAAUGGAAACCGGAUACCGGCUGAAGAAGCCCAUCAGCUGAGGCUGGGAGACUCCAUACAGCUCGGGGUUCCUGUAAUUGGAACCGAUGUGGAGUUUGACUACAUCCUGGUCCAACGAACUCUCAAAGACAUUAAACUCAACCUGGCAAAGGGACACAAAGAGAGUGCCAGGUCAGCACACUCUCAAAAGAAGCCCAAAAGGAAGCUGAACGUUGAAGAAGUUGAGCCGUCUACCUCAAAGCCCAAGCUCUACCGCUGCUCGUCUGCGGGCAAGUCGUUUGCAAAGCCGUGCCCUCUGUCGCCGGUGAAACGGCAGCAGAGGCUCAGUCACACCCAGCCGGAGGAAACUGGAUCCAGCAGACAAGCCCAGGAAGUAGACCGGCCCUCAGAUGGCGCUAGCACUCUGUGUGACCUGGACAACUUGCACAUGUACAGCCAGAACAUCCUGAUGCUGAGGGAGCAGGUGGACAACACCCAGCGGCAGGUAGCCUCGUUGGGGGGAGAGCCCCGGCAGGCUGACCCGCUCAGAGAGGAGCACGUCAGGGAGCUGCAGGGUCAGCUGGAGGCGCUCAGAGCCAAGAUGCACCGAAUGGAGACGUUAGAGAAAUCCUUCAGUGAAUCUAAGAGGCAGCUGGAGGCGCAGAAAACACAGCAGCAAGAGGAGCUUUUGAAGAAACAGUUGGAUGAGGCCUUGCAAGAGCAAAAGAAAGUAAUAGAUGAACUUGCCCAUUCUCGGGAAGGCUUUGAAGAGAUUCUCUCUGCCAAAAAUAAAGAGCUGGAGGUGACAAAGGAGGAAAAAGAGAAGGCGAGGGCUCAAAAAGAGGAAGUCGUAACACAAGUGACUGAAGUUCUGGAGAACGAGCUUCAGUGCAUCAUCUGCUCCGAGCUCUUCAUUGAGGCGGUCAUCCUGAACUGCGCUCACAGCUUCUGCAGUUUCUGCAUCCAGCAGUGGCGCAAAAAGAAAGACGAGUGUCCCAUCUGCCGACAGGCCAUCCUGUCCCAGACCCGCUGCCUGGCCCUGGACAACUGCAUCGACAGCAUGGUGGAAAACCUGAGCCUGGACAUGAAGUCGAGGCGGCAGACCCUCAUCACUGAGCGGAAAGCAGCUGGGCCCGCUCAAGUGAUGGUGAUCCACGAUGACGACAGCAGCAGAAGCAGCGAGGACAGUAUGGUGUCCAUAGACAGCAGCCUGAGCUCUGUGGUCUCAGUGGACACAGACAGUAGCAUCAACUUGGUCUCCGGUCCGCAGAACAGCGGAUACUCGGAUGAAAGUUCUGACUUGGAGGAUGAGGAUUUUUAUUAAAACUUCUUCUCCUGCAAUGUGAAAUGGACUUUUUUGGGGGGUGGAUGUUUACGUUUUUCCCUCCGAUUUGUUCUUGAGUAGUUCGCGAAAUUUGGUCUCAUCAUGAGUCCAUUCACCAGAUUCAGCUUAGGUUUAUGUUUGUUUUUGUAAGAUCUGUUGAUAUUUGUGGUCUUUAUUUUCAACAAAAGGAAUAAAGUUUCUUCCUGUAAAAUUUCACUGUCAGAUCGCUUUGUCCAAACAUUGAUUCAUUUUGUUCAAUCAUAAAUUUCAUCAACUACAAAUUGUAAAAAAAAAUUUUUUAUUCUGCCUGACUUUAUAAUUGACCUAUCGAAGUAAGAAGGGCAAAGCAUGUUUCUUUUUAAUUUCUUAAAAUUGUCCUAAUUUUUAAUAGAAAUGUGAUGAUACUGUGAUUCCAGAAACGUGGCUUGACUGCACCACCUAGAGCUUUAUCAUUUUUUCAUUGUUGUUAUUUUAUGUUUCUGCUUUCUGCCCAUCUGGGACUCGCCUCACCUGGCACACAGGCUGUAGUGCUUGGCUGAAAGGCUCCUGGGCCGAGCACUAAUCACUCCCACUGGCAACACACCAGAGUUUACCUCGUAUCUUGCUGCUCCGUACUUAUGUAAACAAAUGGAAGCUUUCGCCUCAUAAGAUGAUGUGAAAAACAUUCAGUAAGUUCACUUAAAGGUCACUAGUAAGCAAAAGCUUUGUUUUAAGCUUGUUUAGCUACUAUUUCCUUAUGUAAGGCUGUUUUCUUUGGCAAUUUUAAGUAAUAAUCAGCAUGGAAAAGAAGAAUAAAUUUCAUGUUUGUUAUUCUGGUA